GAAUCAGAAAAAGGCUUCCUAAAAUUGUUGCCAUUAUUAUUAUUUUUUUGCUGGCGAAAAUGAGAGUGGAGGAGGCAGCGUUUGCCCGUGGAACACACUGCAGGGGAUCACAAAUCGUAAGCACGCAGCCAGAGAAGACUACGAGAGUUCUGGUCAGAGACGACGGAAAAAAAAGGCUCGAAAAUUUAAUUCAAGUUUCAACCUUUAAAUAACCCGCAACAACAAAUCCAUUUAAGAGUCCAACGGAAAAAGAAGGGUGGCACUUUGUUAGAGGAUCGAAAUCUAGGUAUAAUGGAACGAAUUGGUGCAACAUGGUGGUUCUGUUUGAUAAUAUGCUUAGUUUGUGUUAAAUUCGAAGGGUGUGUAGGAUCAAAGACCAAGAGAACGGAUGAAGCAUACGUCACUCUUCUGUACGGAGAUGAAUUCUUGUUGGGCGCUCGAGUUCUUGGAAAAUCAAUACGGAACACUGGAUCCAACAAGGAUAUGGUCGUUUUGGUCUCUGAUGGGGUUUCUGAUUAUGCUAAAAACCUUCUCCGGGCUGACGGGUGGAUAGUGGAGAUGAUUAGUUUGCUGGCUAAUCCUAAUCGAGUUCGUCCAAAGAGAUUUUGGGGUGUCUACACAAAGCUGAAAAUAUUUAACAUGACUGACUACAAGAAAGUUGUUUACCUCGAUGCGGACACUAUUGUGGUUAAAAAUAUUGAUGAUCUUUUCAAAUGUGGGAAAUUUUGUGCUAAUUUAAAGCAUUCUGAGAGGUUGAAUUCGGGAGUCAUGGUGGUGGAGCCAUCUGAAACUGUUUUCAAUGACAUGAUGGGAAAAAUAAAAACUACUGCAUCUUACACUGGAGGCGACCAAGGAUUUCUCAAUUCAUAUUACGCUGGAUUUCCCAAUGCACAUGUUUUUGAGCCAAAUUUGAACCCAGAGGUGUUGAGUUCCAGACCAAUUCCGGAAAUGGAGCGACUGUCAACUCUGUAUAAUGCUGAUGUUGGUCUUUACAUGCUUGCUAACAAGUGGAUGGUAGAUGAGAAUGAACUCCGUGUGAUUCACUAUACACUGGGCCCCCUUAAGCCUUGGGACUGGUGGACAUCUUGGCUUUUGAAACCUGUGGAUGUCUGGCAGGAAGUAAGGGAACAGCUCGAGGAAUCCCUUCCUGGAUCAGGAGGGGGCCAAAAUCCCAGAGACAGUUUUCUUGUGAAAUUUCUCUUUCUGCUACCAUUGUGUGCUUUACUCUUCUGCUGCUAUCAUUCAUUUCUGAAGAAUCAAGGGUCAUUUUGUAGAAACUCACUGUGUGAUCAAGUCAGACACCUUUAUUAUAAGAUUAGAUCAAGUGGACCACUUGCAUAUACUGGUAUUUCAACAUCAGCAACCAAUUCAAUCCAUCAGCUCUUGAACGGUGCUCAGUACAAGGUUCCUGCUUAUUUGGGUGGCAUUUCUGUCUGUGUCUGUUUUAUGGUUGCAGUGGUGUCUCUGGGACUAGCUCUCUUGAUUGUUCCUCGGCAAGUGAUGCCAUGGACUGGAUUACUUUUGAUGUAUGAAUGGACAUUCACAAUCUUUUUUAUAUUAUUUGGAGGUUAUCUCCAAUUGAUUUAUCAGUGGGGGAAAAUUGUGGCAUCACGAGCAGUAUCCUCCUUGUCAAAUCCAGGGUCUCCUGAUUAUGAUUCAGAAAAACGUCAUCAGCGACAGAUGUCAUCUUGUGAUGGUGCUACAUGGUACUAUGGUUUAGGCAUGGCCUUGUUGGCCAUUGCAGCUCCAUCUUUGCCUUGCCUUUUUGGAAUAACUGCCUUAUUUGUAAGGUUAGGUUUGAUGGUUGUUGGUGGCAUAAUAUUGGCUUCUUUCAUGACAUAUGCUUCCGAACAUCUUGCUAUUCGAUCAUUUCUAAAAGGCCUUGAUGAGCGAGAUAUUGCUCGAAAUAGGAGUUUGUGCUUUUUAUGUUGAUUGUGAUGUAAUUAAUUAAGCUAUGCUUGAUAUUACUUUCUUUUUUGCAGCUCACAGAUGUAAUGUUGCUCUAGUGGAAAAUGUAUUUAAGGAAAUUUUGCCAAGGUUCUGUUGUAAUAUUAUUGUUAUUCUUUCAAAAGACCACUUUGUUCUAU